AUGCAUCGCUUUUUUGCAGAGCUGGAGCCAUCUCUAUCCGUCACUGAGCAAAACCUGGCAGACCGAGUUCGGUACAUCCUGCGCUCCAACAUAUUUGGUGACGCCGAACGACUACGACGUGAGGCUGUUCCCUCAUCGGAUGGAAAUGCUACGGCUGGGAAUGCGGCGCCACUAAUUGCGCAGCAAACUGCAAAUGUAGACACUGCCGUCAAUAUUCCAUUUGUGGUUGAUUCAAACGAUGAUGGAAUAGUUCCCCGCGAACUAGAGAAAAUGAGGAGCAUAUUGGAAGAGUCGAUGCUGGAAACGCGCAGCAUGCCUCUCGAAAAUCGACCGCGACUUCCCCGCAUACCCCUUAGCUAG